AAGUAACCCAAACAUCAAUCCAAGCCGCCAGGCGUUAAGUGGAGUGCGCCUUUUCAGUAUUCUCUAAAGUUAAAAGAAGCAAUGAAUGAAGCUUUAUUAAGUCCGAUCUAAUCCUUGGCGCUCUAUAUAUUCUUAAGCCAACUUCGUUUGUAACGGUCUCAACAUAUUCUCCCUGUUCUGUAAAACCGAAUUGCUAACCCUAGGAUUUAUGGCUGAAACUAUACCUAAUGGCGGGCCUGAGAGUGCCAAUAUUGAUGGACCGACCAAUCCUAUGGUUACGCCUAUUUUAACAGAUCUCUAUCAGUUUACUAUGGCCUAUGCUUACUGGAAAGCUGGAAAACACAAUGAACGAGCUGUGUUUGACUUGUAUUUUCGGAGGAAUCCGUUUGGUGGUGAAUAUACAAUAUUUGCUGGUUUAGAAGAGUGCAUAAAGUUUAUUGCUAAUUUUAAAUUUACUGAGGAUGAGAUAGCUUUCAUCAGGUCAUCGUUGCCAUCGUCAUGUGAGGAUGGCUUCUUUGAAUACCUUCGAAGACUUGACUGUUCAGAUAUUGAGAUAUAUUCUAUUUCUGAAGGAUCAGUAGUUUUUCCCAAGGUACCGCUGAUGAGGAUUGAAGGACCAGUUGCUGUGGUUCAACUACUGGAAACACCAUUUGUAAACCUCAUAAAUUAUGCAUCACUAGUUACUACUAAUGCUGCAAGACACCGUUUCGUUGCUGGAAGGUCCAAAAUAUUGCUUGAAUUUGGGCUUAGGAGAGCACAGGGUCCUGAUGGUGGUAUAUCAGCAUCCAAGUAUUGCUACAUGGGUGGAUUUGAUGCGACAAGCAAUGUGGCAGCUGGAAAGCUGUUUGGAAUCCCACUUCGUGGGACACAUUCCCAUGCCUUUGUUAGCUCAUUUCUGAGCCCAGAUGAGAUCAUAGAGAAAUCACUUCAACAUCAUAAUGGUUCUAGUGUUUGUGAGGAUUUUGUUAGUCUGGUACAGACAUGGCUUGAUAAAUUAAAGUGGUCACACUUAUUGGGUGGAAUUUUCAGCGAGACAAAUCAAAGUGAGUUAGCCGCUUUCGCCUCGUAUGCACUUGCAUUUCCUGGAAGUUUUUUGGCCCUUGUAGACACUUAUGAUGUCAUGAGAAGUGGUCUUCCAAAUUUUUGUGCAGUUGCUCUUGCACUUAAUGAUUUGGGGUAUAAAGCAGUGGGCAUUAGACUAGACUCUGGUGAUCUUGCUUAUCAGUCAUGUGAAGCUAGGAAAUUCUUUUGUGCUAUUGAGAAAGAAUUUGGAUUGCCUGGUUUUGCAAAGACGAGUAUCACAGCUAGCAAUGAUCUUAAUGAAGAAACUCUGGAUGCACUAAAUAAACAAGGUCACGAGGUUGAUGCAUUUGGUAUUGGUACUCAUUUAGUUACCUGUUAUGCUCAAGCUGCUCUUGGUGUUGUUUUCAAGUUAGUUGAAAUAAACAAUCAGCCUAGAAUCAAACUCUCUGAAGACGUAUCAAAGGUCUCUAUUCCAUGCAAAAAGCGGUGUUACAGAUUGUAUGGGAAGGAAGGGUACCCCCUUGUAGACAUAAUGACUGGUGAAAAUGAGCCACAUCCCAAGGUAGGUGAACGAAUUUUAUGCCGCCACCCAUUUAGUGAAUCUAAAAGGGCAUACGUAGUGCCCCAGCGUGUUGAGGAACUUUUAAAGUGUUUUUGGCCCGGAAAGUCAGCUAAAACAAGAGAAGACCUUCCUCCUCUGAAGGAGAUCAGGAAAAGAUGUAUUGCACAACUGGACCAAAUGCGACCAGAUCACAUGAGAAGGCUGAACCCAACACCAUACAAGGUCAGUGUAAGUGCAAAGUUGUAUGAUUUCAUCCAUUUCCUCUGGCUCAAUGAAGCACCUGUUGGAGAGUUGCAGUGAACCAUGAAUGAGAAGUUUGUGUCUUCUAGGUUUCUUGUGCAUCUUUUUCAUCAUGUAAACUGAAAUUUUACGUAAAGUUAUUAACCAAAGAGAAGUCCUUUCUUUACUUUUUUUACCCCGAUGAUGUUCCGUGUCAAUUGUAUAAGCUUCCUUGGAAGUUUGUAAAGGUCAAUAAAAGUGCAUUUGUAUUUU